UACAUGAGUUAACUAGCAGUUUUUGUCACAAACCUGCUCAUACAUUACAGGGCAGGAUUGGAUGAUUUCAACAAAUAGGAAAUGGGAAGAUCUAUAUAUUAGAAGUUCCAGGAAGUUUUUAAUUCGCAAUUGAAUUGGAUGAUUUUAAAAAUCUUUGUGUAGAGGAGUUUGUAUUUCUGAUGAGCUUGGACUGAUAAGUCCGCCAUGGUUUUUCUAUGAGGACGGGAAAUGGAGAGAAGUGAAACAACAGGAGAUCCUUGCUUAAUCCGGCGCAGGAAGGAAAUCAUGAAAAAGCUGGUCCCGGUCAGAGUAACUACUAAAUAAAAUUGAAACGAAGGACAAAGUGAAUGUUUUGAAAGAUCUGCAGUGACCCAACGUGAUGAACAGCGAAUUCGAAGCAGGAGCGAAUUUUAGAAAUGAGAAACGAGUUUUCUGGUGACCAUGUCACCUGAAUUCCAAGCAACACAUUAUUUUGAGAGAAAGAAUGACAAAGAAAGUGGGAGGACUGGAGAUUCCACGCAUGAGGGUGCUCCGGGAACGGCCUUGUCGACGUCAAGCGGCGGCUACAGUUGUGAUAUGACUCGGCGUCAAUGCGGUUGAGGCACGAUCCCCUUUUUUUCCAUCUGUUCGUCAUGAUUUCCUAUCCAAUUCAUGUUUUCAGGACAACUUCAAAGCAGAAGGUUAAUUAGACCAGUUCUAUGGCUAUUAGCAAGGAAUUGCUAACGAAGGGGCGCGAAAUAUCGUGGCUUCGCAUUCUUCACCACCAAAUAAAAAGGACUCCUUGCCCUUCUUCGCUGAGACAGCGUUCCUAUGGUGGGCAUGCUAUUAGUUGCGCUUCGCAUAUGCCACCCUUGCAGAUUCCGUCUGAUGUUGAUCCCCAUGACAGAAUUCAUGAAAUCUUGAGGGGUUGCAGAAAACGGGGAUCUUCUGUUUCAGGUAUGAAAGCCAUCCAUUGUUGGCUAAUCAAAGGUGGCUUCUGUCAGGAGAUGUUCGUAGCCAACAAUCUCAUUGUCAUAUAUGCUGACUGCAGAUGCCUUGAAUGUGCAAAGCAAGUAUUCGACGAAAUGCCUGAGAAAAAUGCAGCCUCAUGGACGUCGUUGAUAUCGUGUUGCACUAGGCUUGGCAUGCCGGAGAUGGCUUUGGAGGUGUUUGGAAAAAUGCAGUUGGAACGAGAGGAGCCCAACUGUUUUGCACUUGCCAGUGCCGCAAAGGCAUGUGCUGUUCAAAAGAAUAUGGACAUGGGUAGGGUGAUACAUGACCUUGUUUGUAGAUACGGAUUACUUUAUGAUGUUGUUUUGAUGAACUCAAUUCUUCAUAUGUAUGUGAAAUGUGGUAGCUUGGUUGAUGCAAGACAAGUGUUUGAUGAGAUGCCAAUUCGCAACAGAGCUUCAUGGAACAUAAUGAUUGCAGGGUAUACAUUGGAGGGUUGGAUGGACGAGGCAGCUCGAUUGUUUGACUUAAUGCCUAAGCCGGAUGUUGUCUCAUGGAACACCAUGAUAGCUGGUUAUGCUUCCCGGAACGAGUGUCAGUUGGUACUGGAAUGUGUUUUUCUGAUGCAUAGGUAUGAUGUGGAUCUUGACCAGUUUACAUUCCCUUGUGUAUUGGAAGUUUGUGGUUCUUUUGGAGUUGUUGAAUUCGGGAAACAGAUUCAUGCUUAUGUGAUUCGUUCUGGCUACGAGUCUAAUUUCUUUGUUGCUACAGCGCUUAUUGAUUUGUAUUCACAGUGUAAUUGUGUGAAUGAAGCACGCAAACUGUUCAUCUCUUAUUCAACUCAUGAUUAUCCACCAUUAUGGAAUAGCAUGCUUGCUUGUUACGCUAAUAGUGGGCAAAUCCAUGACCUGUUGAAUCUUGGUUCUCAGAUGCACAAUUAUGGGUUGAUAAUGGAUUCUUUUACUUACAUUAGCAUCUUGAAGGCUUGCAUCUAUGAGUUAAAUUUUGGCUUGGGCCAGCAGGUUCAUGGGUUGAUUGUUAGUAGUGGGUUUCAAUUUGACAUUGCUCUAGGCAGCCUUCUGGUCUAUUUUUAUGCUGGUUGUGGCAAAAUCAGAGAUGCAUGGAAGUUCUUCUUUUGUCUUCCUGAUCCAGAUGUGGUUGCAUGGACUGGACUGAUAUCUGGAUGUGUUCAACAAGGAUCCAAUGCUGUGGCAAUCUCUUUGUUUAGAGAUAUGGUCAGGUUGGAUGUCGAGAUGGAUCACUUUGUUGUAUCUAGCAUUCUCAAAGCGUGUUCUGCUUUGGCCACACUUGGGGUUGGCAAACAGAUCCAUGCUUUUGCCAUCAAGGUUGGCUUUGAUCUUGAGGCAGUUACACAGACUGCUCUUGUUGAUAUGUAUUGCAAAAGUGGUGAAAUUGAGGAUGGAGAGGUUCUGUUUGAAAAUUUAGCUCAAAGGGAUACUGUCUGUUGGACUGGGAUGAUCACUGGUUGUGCUCGGCAUGGGAGGGCAAAGGAAGCAAUCCAUUAUUUCCAGAGAAUGGUAGAUUCUGGGGUUGAGCCCAAUGAAGUCACUUUUGCCAGUGUUCUCUCUGCUUGCAGGCAUGCCGGUCUUACUGAUGAAGCUUGGGUGUAUUUCAGAUCCAUGAGAGAGAAACAUGGCUUAACCCCUCGAAGGGAGCAUUAUUGUUGUAUGGUUGAUCUUCUUAGCCAAGCAGGCUUCUUUGGAAAGGCAGAAAGAUUGAUUCUCCAGAUGCCAUUUGAACCAGAUGAAACAAUAUGGAAGUCCUUGCUUGGAGCCUGCAGAAUUCACAGAAAUCUUGAACAUGGAAAUUGUGCAGCAAAUCAUCUUCUUGCAAUAACACCACGUGACACAUCUGUGUACAUUAUGCUCUCAAAUAUAUAUGCUAGUUUGGGCAUGUGGGCCGAGUCAACCAGGUGUAGAGAAAUGGUUAAAUCUAUUGGUAAAAAUGUACCAGGCAGCAGUUGGAUUGAGGUCAGAGGAUGACAACCGAGUUUUUUUUCUUUUUUGAAUGUCCGAAAGGUCCUUUGGUUAUGCCAUGCCUAGAAGAGUGGUGAUAGAAGUUAGUGCUGCUUAUGUCACCAACGAGAAUGAGGUGGAAAUUUGAAAGAUUACAUGUGCAGCAGUGGUGGUUUUGAGAUUUUGGGAUGUCCUUUUAAGUAGUAAAUUGCAGAUUCUUUCUCAUGCUAUUCAAUCGGAAAUAACAGGUAUGCCUAAACAUCAGCAGUGCUGAUACAGUGAUAUGGGAUGCCUAAAAAACGAGGCAAAGCAAUGGGUGCUGGUUAUUUCAGUUGACAGGUAGCAUGAGGUGGAGAUAUUGAUGGCUUCAUGCACCACAUUGAUGGUUCUGAGGUUUCUGGAUGUACUUAAGAAUAAUCUAUUCUGCAUCUAUCAUCUUUCAUUUCAGAGAGAACAGUUUUCCUUUUCUUGAUGGCAAGAUCCAUUGAGGAGCCAGUAUGCUUGUUAAGGAAUCUGAUGCAAAAUCAUUUUUGACUAUCGUUCUCUCCAAAGCCUACUUCACCUGUUGGAGGGAUGAAAUCGAAAGAUUCUGAACAAGAAGGCUUUGCAAACUCGGUUAGCCUGGGGUACCUUUAUUUCUCUUGACAUGUAGAUGAAAUUCUGCAAUGACAGGGAUAUAAGUCAUAAUACUUGGCAUCCCAAUGGGGAUCUCCAAGCACUGAUAUGGAGUAAAUCUCGCGUGCCUGUGUCCAAGUUUGAUGAAGGCAAAGGCUGAGGGGUGGCUGAAUGUUAGAAAAGGCAAUGGUUCAGCAAUUGAGGCUAUCUGCAGAAUGGUUAGGUCCUGCGUGGUGUACAGCAAAGUCAAUGACUUGGAGGGUGGAGUAUGGAAGAGACAAACUAUAGAAUACAUAUGCUUUGUGCAUGAUCUGCCAUAUGUGUUGCUAACGUUUUUGUAUAUUUUUAAGUAUUUUCAGUUCUAGUGUGCAAUAAUUCUAUCCUUCAAAUGUCUUAUCUUUUAACGUGAUUGUAGUUAGAGCUUGAUUUUACAGCUAUGGUUAGGUUAUUGUGGUUGCUAAAUCUAGUCCUACUAGAAUGAGAAUCAAGAAUCAUAUAUUUGAAAU